AGGGGCCAUCGCAAUUUACCGGUUACAUGGGUCAGGAAUUGUGUCUAGAGGCCUGGGACAGUUACGAUUUAUAUAUGAGCACGCAUACCCAGCUAGAGAUAACCAGACACCCGCCAGCGAGGCAGCAAGCUAGCCUCCUAAAUCUAUCAUCCCAUCGAUCGUCAUGUCGGUUUCCCUCCCCUCCAUCUUCCUCGCCGCCGCCAUCUACAUCCGCAGCUACGACACGGUUGCCACCACCACCACCACGCACCUCCACUUCUUCAUGCACGACGACUACACCGGCCCGCGCCCCACCGCUGCGCGGGUCGUGUCUGGCCGCUCCCUCCUGCCAACGUCGUCCAGCCAAGGCGGCGACGGCGACGGCGACAGCGACGGCGACGGCGACGGCGACGACAACGCCACCGCCACCGGUCGGAGCGCGCUGUCGCGGCUGCUGACAUCGCCACGGCAGUUCGGGGACGUGGUGGUGCUGAACAACGCGCUGACGGAGGGGCCGGACGGGCGCAGCGUGCGCGUCGGCACCGCGCAGGGGUUCGCCGUGCGCAUGUCGGAGGGCGGCAUCGUGUCGCACCUGACCUUGCACAUGGUCCUGGACGCCGGCGAGCACCGGGGCAGCUCCGUCACGGCGAACGGCCGGAUUGACAUGGACGCGGAGGUGCGGGAGUCGGUGGUCAUCGGCGGCACCGGCAAGUUCCGGUUCGCGCGCGGGUACAUGCUCACCAGGAACUACGACUACGACCUCGCCCGUGGCGGCAUCGUCGAGAUCGAUGUCUACGUGCAGCACUAGUGUGCAGCAGUUAGCACCGGGGAACAUUUUCUUGCACAUAUGUGUGGCUAGCUCUGGUUCAUGCUAUGUGUGUGUGUGUGGCAUGUUGAAUAAGUUGGUAUAUGCACGGGCAGGGUGUCUUUUGCUUGUGUUUCUUGCAUACCCACAGCGGUUCUGGAAUGUCACUUUCGUUUGCCACGAAUUGUUCAAUUAGUAUGUCAAAUCUU